AUGAUUAAAAAUAAUAUUGAGAUGGCCGAUGUCUUGCCUUGGCUACCUGAACGUUACACGAAAAUGGCGCAAAAUAUCUUGACACUGUCCGUCAUUGCCGUACUAGUCAUUUCAGUGGGUGUUAGCGCCAAACGUGGUUGUUCGGCUUUCGGACACUCAUGUUUUGGCGGCCACGGGAAAAGAUCUAGUGAUUCUGCUGCUAUGGAUUCUUCAAACUCGGAGUUUAUGGGUCAUCGUCAAGUUGGCCAAGAGGAGACUCCUCCACACCCUGUGUACCCUCACUCUGGAUACGGGAUUCUGCCUGGAGAUGAUAUCAUACCAGUUAGGGAUGGAGGUGCUUUUGACCGAGACGACAACGUAAGAGACGCGUAUAACGUGAAAAUGAAGUUACGGAACAUUCUCAAAUACUGGAUGGACAACUAUAGGCGAUCAAGAAUCAACAACGACGACGGUUAUUUUAUUGACACUCUG